GGGGUGCUGCAGGAAAGAAGAGGCUGGAGCUUGUUAAAUCGUCCGCGCCAGAUUACAGAAGAGAUUGGAAUAUUGACCACUAAUCAGCUGAAACCAAGACUCCAAAAUAAUUUACUAUGGCAGAGGGCUCUCAAAAUUGUAGCUUGCCAACAGAGGCAGCAUCAGGUUCUGUGAUGAUUAAUUCCUGCCCAGAAAGAAUAUCCAAUGAUAGUCAGAGAAUGGAUGACCAGGAGCAAGAAGAAUGGGAAAAAUUAAACAAGUUAUUAAGGCAACAUGGCUUAAAACCUGUGUACCUUGAUAAACCUGGAACUAGCAGAAACAUAGCAGAUAGGAUUGUUAUGGACAGACAGACUUCGCAAGCAAUACGAUAUGCAUUGAGAUCAUUAAUGGAAGAAACAGAGCGUCAACGUAAAAUAGUUCGUGGCUUGAUAGAAGAAAAUCGCCAAAUUAGAGAUGCACUACGUUUAGAACAAAAUCGGGCUUCUCGGCAGGAACAACGGGCCAAUGAGCUAGACAUCAUUGUGGAAAACGUCAAACAGAAAAUCUGUCAGCUGGAAGAUAAGUCUAUAGCUCAUGCUUGUGAGCAGCAGAACCAAGUCAAGGAGCUUCAGAAAGAUCAGCAAGCUUCACAGGCAAAGUAUCAGCAACAGAUCGACAAGCUCCGAGAGCAAGAAGAUACUAUUGCCCGUUUGGAAGAAGAGCUUAAAAAGAUGGACAUGGAGGAGGAGGAGCGUUUGGCUACACAGAAAAAAAUAUUCCGGCAGUUCUGCAAACAAGCUCCAAGAACUCACUUGGAUCAGCAGAUUUGUUCUUUAAUUGACCAUUAUGAGUCUCAGAUCAAGCAAGUGAGAAAAGAAUUAAGGAGAUAUAACAGAGAGCCUGAUCAUACACAAGGAGAAGGAAAAAAUGAGGAAGAAUUCUUGAAGGACAUAGAUGCCACUCCAAAUUACAGAGCCCUACUCAUGUCUUUCCAGACUCAGAUAAUCGAAACAAAAGCCAGAAAUGAACAGCUGUUACGUGAAAAUACAAAUCUCAGGAAAGAGAUGGAAAUCAGACCAACUGUGCAAGAGUUAAAAUUUUACAAACACCAAGUGAAGAAGCUGGAGAAAGCACUGAAGAAUAUCAAAUCCCAUGAGAUUGAUGAAGAAGAAUGCAUGAAAGAAAACAGAGAAUGUAAAAGUACUACAGGAGGGCUACUGCAGGAAACCUGCAGGAAAUACUUGCAGGUGUUGUCCAGCAUUGACGCUAUUAUAAGAAGCCCAAGAAGAGCUCCGUUGGUAACGCAUUUGCAGCGGAAAAGGUUGCCACAAAGCUGCCCUAAAGGGGAUGAACAGGAAUGUGGAUUUGAGCACCUUCCUCUUACAAUUGAGAUGUGGGCUGACCAGCUAAUGGCCCUAAAGACUUUGCAUAGGUCCCUGAAAAAAGUGUUUCUGCAACUAGUGCCUUGGUGUAUGGUCACGGUGCAGGAUAACAGUGAAUAUAUUAGAGUUGAAGACCUUCAGCUCAUGGUAGAUGAAAUCUCCGAAGAAGUAGUAAAUAAAGAAAAGAGAAGUGGUGUGCCUUCACAAGAAGCUUUGUAUGCAAUGGUGUCUCACUUUCAAAAGCUAUUUGAUGUGAAAUCUAUUAAUGGAAUUUAUCCUCGCAUGAAUGAAGUUUAUACGAAACUUGGUGAAAUGAUCAAUGCUAUGAGAAACCUCUGUGAUCUUUUAGAACUAGAUACUUCUGCCCCACCCAGUGUCCUGGUCAACAAGGUUGGAAAGCUAUGCAGUCUGCUUAAUGAGAAUGUGUCCCAGCAGGUAGAGCAGCUGCUGGGCACACCUGACAUCCAAAGCAUUGUUGACGAGUUAAAAGAACAUGAUAACUUUUUCCAAGCAUUUAAAGCUCUUAUUGAAGACUUGCUUCAUAUUCUAGAGGUCAGAAAUCUGACAGAUAUAGUACCUGCUGUGCAGAAGCUGAAAUGGAAAGCCUGAUGAUUAUGUAAGCCAUGUAUCAACUUAAUACUUAUCUACCUCUCUCUGUGUAUAUAACUGUUGAA